AUGGCCGGCUUCUUCAACAAGCUGAAAGGCUCGGGAAAUACAACCACAACCCCAGCGACCAAAGAUGCGCCGAGCAAGAAGACCGGCAAGGAAGAGCCAGCCCCCGAGCUGACUCCCUUGGAGAAGAUGCUGCAGAACGCCGGUCCUUUGAGGGAAGACGGCACUGACAAGUUCUUCGGUCUCGAGAAUCCUGUUAAUAGUUACUGCAACUCUAUCGUACAGGCACUCUUUUAUUCCGAAUCCUUUCGAGACCAUGUUGUUAACUAUCCGCCUCUGUCGCCUACCGAUACCCCGAACGGGACCCGGCCAAAGGUUAACGUGACCAUCCGGCCGCCAGCUGCGAAAGAACCACCCAAUACCCCCGGCGCGAAGCAAAAAGGGUUGAGUGCCUCGGAGUCGAUGAAGCGCAGACAGGCAACAAUGGCAGGAUUGCCACCUCCGGGUGCGCCCCCCACACGACCAGAAGACAAGCCCGAUUCGCCUGAAUACAAGAAAAAGCAGGCCAUGAUCAAAGGCCCGAUUUUGGAACUGGCGCAGGAAAACCAGUUGGCAUAUGGCAUGGAUGAGUGCACAUUUACCGGCCUUAAAGACAUAUUUCAGGCUCUUAUCGAGAGCAACACCAGAACAGGCGUUCUUAGCCCACAGCGGUUUCUCGAGAUUUUCAAGCGAGACAAUGAAAUGUUCCGAAACUCAAUGCACCAGGACGCUCACGAAUUCUACGGCCUUGUGUUGAACGACGUCAUUUCCAACGUUGAGACCAACGCGAGACGAAUCCAAGAGCGAGUGGCCGAGAACAAAGACGGCCUGGUUCAGUCUGUGGAGAACGCUCUCGGAGCUACCAGCCUUAUCAACCGACCGGCCAACGGGUUGGGCUCUCCAGGAACGGGCUGGGUCCAUGACAUUUUCGAGGGUGUCUUGACAUCGGAAACGAAAUGUCUGACUUGCGAGACGGCUUCGCAAAGAGACGAGACGUUCCUUGACUUGUCGAUUGACUUGGAAGAGCAUUCAUCAGUAACGUCAUGCUUGCGCAAGUUCUCCGCUGAAGAAAUGCUAUGCGAGCGCAACAAAUUCCACUGCGAUCAUUGCGGCGGUCUUCAAGAGGCUGAAAAGCGAAUGAAGAUCAAGAGAUUACCCAAGGUCUUGGCACUGCAUUUGAAGCGUUUUAAAUACACUGAGGAUUAUAGCCGGCUACAGAAGCUCUUCCAUCGGGUCGUGUACCCUUACCAUCUGCGUAUGUUCAACACUACCGACGACGCCGAGGACCCUGACCGAUUGUACGAGCUGUACGCCGUUGUCGUCCACAUUGGAGGCAAUGCCUAUCACGGCCACUACGUGUCAGUCAUCAAAACCAAGGAUCGGGGUUGGGUUCUCUUCGACGACGAGAUGGUGGAGCCUGUCGACAAGCACUUCGUGCGUAACUUUUUUGGCGACAAGCCUGGCAUGGCUUGUGCCUAUGUUCUCUUUUACCAAGAAACCACCUUCGAGAAGGUGCAGGCUGAGAUGGAGGCUGAGGGCUUGGAGGAGGUCAAGAUCGCGAGCGAGGCUGCCAAUGUCGCACACGAGAAUGGCCAGGCAAAUGGCACGACACCACUCUCCAAGCAAUUCACGCAGCCUAUCAGCCCCGUGGAAGAGCGUGAUCCAAUGCCCAGUCUCGCCCACGCACAGACUGCACCAGGCAAAGUGGACAUUCCGCCUCCGGAGACUGUCCCUCAAGUACCGGCUACGCCUGUCACUCCUGCGGCGCCUACCAUUCCAUCAAGUCUUGCCAGAUCCAACACAGCGGUGAAGACAGAAAAGUCAAAAGACGACAAGAAGCGUGAGAAGAAGGAGCAGGAAGCUGCGGAGAAAGCCCGAAAGCAGGCUGAAAAGGACAGGGUCAAGGAGGAAGAGAAGCAAAGACGCGAAACCAUGGCUAGAAGGAGAGAGGCCCACCAGAGAGAACAGGAAGAGCUGCGCAAGGCCAUUGAGGCGAGCCAGAAGACGGCAGAAGAAGAGGCAAAGAAGAAAGAGCCCUCUGGCACAACCAGCUUCCUCAACAGAUCCAGCCGGGCAAGCAAAUCGAUGAGCCGCAAGAGCUUCGGAUUCCUUAGCAAGGAUAAAGAUAAGGGAGAGCCGAAUAAGCCAUCAGAGAACGGACACAAUGGCACCGAAGGAGUGGCCAACCAGCCGGACAAACCCAAGGAGUUGAAGGAGCGAUUCAGUUUCAACCUUGGACGGAAGAAGAGUGGCAACUUGCUCUCAUGA